AUGUUAUAUCUCCUUAUUCCCGGGCCCACCUCUCUUGGAAAUGACAUUAAUGUUUAUCUUCAACAAUUGUUUCAAGAACUCAAAGAUUUUUGGGAGUAUGGGUUGGACACCUAUGAUGCGGAGAAACGUCAAAAAUUUAAGAUGCAUGCAGCUUUACAAUCAACGACCAGUGACUUUCCAGGUUAUGUUAUGUUAUCGGGUAGGAGCACCAAAGGGAAGUUUGCAUGCCCUUAUUGUCACUACGAGACUGAUCAUCAUCACUUGAGUAAUAGUAACAAAUCCUGUUAUUGGGCUCAUCGUCGAUGGUUAGAUGAAAAUCAUUCUUGGCGGCAUGAUAUGGUGUCUUUUAAUGGGGAAAAGGAAGAGAGGAUAGCUCCAGAUCCUUUAACAGAGGAUCAAAUUUCAAGCUUGUUAGAAAACUGGGAAAACAAGUUUGGAAAGUUACAACCAAAGAAGAAAUAUGUAGAUUGUCCUUGGAGAAAGUCCUUUGUCUUCCACACUUUGCCUUAUUGGAAAGAUUACAUACCUGGAAAGUCAAAAGAUCAUCAUAAGGCUCGUUUAGAUCUGGAAGAAAUGGGUAUAAGGGGAGAACUACAUCCUGUGGAUGCAGAUGACGAGCGAUAUGUUUUGUUGCCCAAAGCUUCAUUCUCAAUGAUGAAGGAAGAGAAAAGCAUAUUUUGUAGUGUUUUGAAGAAGGCAAAGCUUCCCCAAGGUUGUGCAUCAAAUAUUGCAAGGUAUUUGAAUGCUAGUGUAAAGAAGCGAUCUAAGUGGUUUAACAAAAGUCAAGAGAAAACUGAUGAAAUUGAUGAAGAAUCACCUUUAUUCCCUAAGGCAGGUUAUCCUCUUGGGAGGAAAAAUAAAGGGAAGAAGAAAGGGAAGGCAUACACUCUUGAUUCAGACACAAUGGCUCUAGCACAUCGUUAUGUGUUGUUUAAUUGUCAAGAUGACCAAGUUGAGAAUUACAUCAAGGAACAUGAAGAGUUUAUGAAGAAGAAGUCUAGAGACAAACGAAACAGAAGAUGGAAAGAGGCACAAGAGCAUAGCAAUGAAUUUAUGGUUUGGUUUAGAGAAAAGGUUGUGGUGGACAAUGUCCCGGAUCAUAUUAAGUGGCUAUCAAAAGGUCCUUCUACUAUUGCAAGGAGCUUCGCAAGUAGCAAGGAUAACAAUCAUGUUCUUGGUAAUGUCACAUAUUAUGGGGCUAUAAAAUCGAUAAUUGAGGUCGAUUAUUGGAGUGCAUUUAGUGUUGUGUUGUUUGAGUGUGAUUGGUUCCAUGUGGAAGUAGAUGAUUAUGGACUCACUCGGGUUAACUUUAAGAAAUUGUGUUCUAAAGAUGAUCCUUUUGUCUUGGCAUCACAAGUGCAUCAAGUGUUCUACACUCAAGACGGCCUUGAAGAAGAUUGGCAUUAUGUGCACAGAAAUUUGCCAAGAGACUUUUUUUAUGCCGAGGGGCAAUCUGAACACACAUAUAUGAAUGAAGUUCGUGAACCCGCAGAGGAUGUAAUUCCGGCUACAGAUAAUGAUGUACACCAAAGUUGGUGUAGAGAAGUUGCUUAUGACAAAGUUGAGGUGCCUGUUGGCCGUGAAAUGAGAGAUCAUAAUCACGAAGAAAGUUCCGAUAUAGAUGACACUGAUUGGGAUUGGAUGGAAACGUCAAAGUGA